AUGCAACCCCCGAGAUUAGACGCUGCCAGACCUGGCGGUAUCGAUGAUUCUCGGCCGGCGGAAGAAAGUAUUAAUCUGAAUCUGAUCGAAUUCAUUGAUGCGGCUGUUUUGGAUCGCGUGGUAUUCGGGCCAGCGGGUAAGCUCCAGCCAGGGCGACACCGCGGUCGGAUGCGGAUCGAUAAUCGGGACCUGGACAUCGGCCCGCUCGGCUGCGGCCUGCUUUUCCUGCAGGGUCUGCUCUACCCGGGUGCAAAUAAUGGCGGCAGAGGUAACUUCGAAGAAUUGACUGCAUGUCCGAGUAACAUAAAGGCGCUGGCAGUUAACUAUUCGAUCGGCAAGACGCUCUCGGAGGCAAGCCUGGGCUCUGAGUGGCAGCUUGCCGGCCUAAUCCUUGCCGACUCUUCUGUUCCUAAUGUCACUGGCGGUGAUGUUUCUGCAUCACCUUCGGCGUCCGGUCGAUAUAACUAG